CCGAUAGAGGGCGCAGCACUUCCGGUGUUAUGGCGGCUACGAUAUUCAGAUUGAUCGAAUGAUCCUCCCGUAAAAAAAUCAUUUCGUCCAGUCGAGUUGUCGUUUUCUUGAUAUUAUUUCACGUAGAUUACUUCUAUAUUUAUCCGAAUGGCGACGGCUAGUCGAAGGUUAUCAACAAAUGGUGAAUCAUUGUAUCAGGUAUUGGGUUUACCAAAAACUGCAACUCAAGAUGAAAUCAAAAGAACUUACAGAAAGCUAGCUUUAAAAUAUCAUCCAGACAAAAAUCCAAAUAAUCCUGAAGCAGCAGAAAAGUUUAAGGUUGUCAAUAAUGCAAAUUCUAUUCUGAGUGAUGAAACUAAAAGAAGUAUUUAUGAUAAUUACGGUUCAUUAGGAUUGUACAUAGCAGAACAAUUUGGUGAAGAGAAUGUCAAUACUUACUUUGUUCUUACAAGUACCUGGUGUAAGGCACUGGUAAUUUGUUGUGGAAUUUUAACUGGUUGUUAUCUGUGUUGCUGCUGUUGCUGCUGUUGUAACUGCUGUUGUGGAAAAUGUAAACCACCGCAUCCUGAAGAUAUAUCCGAUUAUUCUAAUUUGCAGGACGACGAGACGGUUAAAACCGAUCCUAAAGCACCAGUGACUGAGCAGCCAACCAAACAGGAAGACACAGCUAUUCCUCUCCCUUCACCGACUAAUAAUCCCAAUGCUACUGAGAAAACAUCGUUGAGUAGCACGCCUCAGGCGACAUACUCGACAGAAAAGAACUCACCUAGUCAAUGAUGUCGAUUGCCACUCCUGGAAUAGUCAAAAAAAAUAAAAUACCCUAAGCUGUUGGAAAAUAGGUUAAUUACAUAGCACAUAAUGAAACAACAAUUUGGAUAAAUUUUUUUAAGAACUGAUGAGCAUUUUAGAUAAAUGUCACAAGUUCUUGUAUAAAUUUUUGUGAAUGUGAAUUCUGUGAUAUAUGUACAUAUAUUUUUUAUCAGUUGUAUCAGUGCUUGUAUUUCAAACUAACUGUUCUGUUAUAUUUAAUUUCAGUUAAUUAUUGUUUCCAUUUAAAAGCUUUAAUUUAGAAUAUCGAUAUGUUGCAGAAAUAUUUUUAUAUAAUUUACCUCUUCCCUGAUUAUUUUAUGGAUUUUAAAGAUAUUUAUUCCCAGAAACAUUCCCAUUUUGAAAGUAUGCUGUUCUAUAGAAGUUUUCUAGUUGAUAAUACCAGAAAAAAUAGAGAAAAUGCAAUGCCUUAUCUGUGUAUUGUAAACUACUGUUUGUCAUUUUGAUUUUUAAAUGUGUUAAUUUUUUAAAAUAAUUGUAUAACUUUACUAAUUCUUUAACAAAAUAUUAACACAAUAAAUAAAAUUUUGUAUUUAUUAUAAUUCGAGUAUAAAAUUUUAGGUUCUAAAAAAAUUUUAGUUGCUUAUAGUAAAUAAGAAUGUCAUUAAUAUAGGGAUCCUAAAUAUUAACUUGCAGCUACAAUAAUCAAAAUUUUUAUUUGUAGCCUUAUCUAGAGUGAUAAUUUGUUAUAAACUAGAUUUAAUGGUAUUUGAUUUAUAAAAAUAACUUUUUGUUUAAUAUAAAUAUAUAUUUUUUUAUUUCUUGGGGGAUAUGAUUAGAAUUUUGAAACAGAUUUGGAGAAUUCAUAAAUGAAUGCAAAGAAAAUGUUUGAAGAUGUUAGGAAGGUAUGUUAAAAUAAUUAUUUAUUGAUGCUGAAUUGCAAAUUUUACAUAAUUAAUUUUUUUUCUACAUUCCAUAGAGUUGCAAAUUGAUUUUCCCCAUUUUCCUUUUUGUAACUCUUUAUAUUAACAUUGAUAUGGUACCAUAGAAGCAGCAUAGACAGUUUGAUCAAUAUAAGUUUGUAUGGGACCAUAUUAUAAGCAAUACUCUCAAAUUAAUUUAUGUAGUUAAUGAUUAUUAGCUGUGUUACAACUUUAAUAGAAUCCUGUUUACAUAUACAUAAUUCAUACUGAUAAAUUUGAGUACCAUAAUAAACAUAUUAUUUUCUACAUGAUUUGAAUUAAUUUUAACAAUAGAGAGUUACAAAUAUACAUAAACAGUAUUCAUUUAUUUAAAAUUAAUCUCUCUGAGAAUCUCAUUUCUAAUUCUUUUAAUGCUUUCUUUUUGACACUGAUUAUAUACUAUUAAUUUUAAUCAUUUAUAAGAAACUUUACCAUUUACAUUUACAAACUUUAUCAUAAUAUAAAUCAAGUGCUUUUUGAUAAAUAAAUAAAUGUAAUGCUGUUUAAUAUCAGAAAUAGUAAAAUAAUCUUUUGCAAAGCAAACUAUUUUUCUGAAGAUAACUUUACAAAUCAAUUUUUCAUAUGCAGCAUUAUUUAAAAUAGUGCAGUGUUCAUUCAUUCGAAAGAAGUGCCAUUUAAACUUAAUAAUUGUAGUUACAUUAACUAAAAUACUUGUAGUAAUGCUAUAUAUCUGAAUAAAACAGUGAUAUAUUGAAAUAAGUGCAACUGUUGACCCUAAACAUAAUAGACAAAUAGGGGAACUGAUGCUCCAAUAAUUCUGCCUGUUGCUGUCAACUCAAAAAUGAAUUUUAUAACGAAUGCUGACAGAGUGAUGUUGCUUAAACCUUUAUUUAUUGACCAUUUAUUCAUUAAUUCUUUUAGAGAGGUUUCGCCUGGUUGUGUUGAUGAACUUUAAGUAAGAUAUUCUUGUUUUUUGAAAAAUUUGGCACUAUAUAUCUAACUUUAUCAAUAGUAUCUGCAGUUUUAGUUAUAACCAGUGCUGCUGUCUGCUUCUGGUGGAACUACCUGACAACACCUUUGUUUUAUCCUAGAUUACCCUAAAUUGAGAGAACUCUCCAAGCUUGAGCUCAUGCUCAGAUAAAAACAUAAGACAAAUGAUUCUAUAACAUAGAUCCUUGUACUAUUAUCAUGAAAUAAUAAUCAAACAAUUCUUAAUUCAUUGUUUUUAAAAAUUUUAAUAACUAAAAUGUCUUAGGAUUUUAGGCUUUAUUAGAGGUAUUAAUUUACAUCUGUUAUGGAAAUAAUUGGUGUUUUAGUUUGGUAAUCCCAAUGAGAAAAAUGUGCCUGGUCUUUAAAUAAUUAUAAAAUAUAUCCAUAAGUCUAAAUGAAUGCAAUUAUUCAAACUUAAUUAACUCACUUUCAACAUAUGUUGUGUAUCUUAGCUGAAGAUAGAAAAUUAAAUAAGCCAUUCAGUUGAUUUCAAACAUACUUUAACAUGUAAAUGAUCAGUUUUUAAAAUUAGUUAAUUUAUGUAUGUUACUGUGAAAGACCGAAAUUAGAGAAUGUAGAUAUUUUUCGGUGAAUGUCAACACAUACAGAAUACAUUGGUAAAAGACCGAAUAUUUGGUUAUAAUUAUUAUACAUUCAAACAAUUGUAUGUAAACAAG